UUCUGGAACUUGGUUCUCUGUGAAUGAGCUCCUGGAACAGCUCGUGGUGGCUCCAGUGUCACCAAGCUUUACUGCUACUUCGAAAUUGCCAAUGGGGCCACCGUAAGUUGUGAAGCCAGCCGGGGCUACCAAUACAUUACUGAGGUGAGUGAAGCCAACAACACCGCCGCCAUGAAGCUUCGGUACGAUUUCGACUCGUCUCAUAAGACGUAUCGGACGUUCCCGCAGAAGGUGGUCCACUCGACAGGCCUGGCAGAUCGCUGGAGCUUCCUCAAGUGGUGCUGCCCAUUCUGCCUGGAGAAACCUCGCUCACGCUCUCGUAAGUCCAGCAGCGUCCCUGUCAUCCGCAUCACCAGACCUCGAAGUCCCGACUCAGACCCGGACAGUGAAGAUGAACCCAAGGAGCAGCGGAAAGGCAGCGUGGAGAGUGGGGGCAGUAGUGGGGGUGUCGGGGUCGUGGAGUCUACUGUGAGGUCCCACAGGGCGAAUGAGAGCGGGGAUGUCCUCAGCCAGGACGGCAGCGAACUCGAUGUCAUCGAUGAAGAAAUCAACGACCCAAGAGACUUUGACACCGACUCCAUAUUGAGUAAAGAUUCUGUGCGUAGCAAAGAUUCUGUCGGGAGCAAGAAAUCAAUCAAGAGUAAGUCCUCAACCGCUGACUCGGUCAAGAGUAAGACCUCGGUCAAGGGCAAACAGUAAGAGGUUGGGGAAGGUCAGCAAGGAGUCCUUCAGUAGUCGCGAGUCCGUGAAUGACACGGAAGGUACCAAGAGCAAGACCCGCUCCUCUGUAAAGAAGAUCUUCAAGCACUUCAAACGUAACGCCUCCACGGCGUCCUCGACCUCCUCCAGUAGUCGAGGAGGAGACAAACGCCUCGACCAAAUCUUCCUUUCAGUAGGAGUCGCAGACAACAGGGGCAACAAGAAGGCCAGUAGGAACUUCUCCCCCGCGCGUACGGAGACAAACGCAAGUCCAUGACUCUUGACGGUCGAGGACGAGGGUUCGAGACCCAGAGGUCAGCCACCAGCGAGGUGGUAGGUCAAGAGGUGGAGCUGAGGGGAAGUAGGUCGACUAGUGAGUGUGUUGAGAUGAGGGGGACCAGGGCGACCAAUGAGGGUGUGGCGCUGAGGAGCAACAGGUCAACCACCCUGGACGGUCGAGGCUCCAGCAGGAAGGGGAUCAUUGUGAUGAGGGACGACACAGAGCCUGACGGAGGGACCCAAGUACACAGGUACAAGUCGACGGCCAAGUGGGAAACGAAAACAGUGGGAACGGUGAAGAUAGAUCCCUCGUCACACACAGAGAAGGAUAAUAUAGAGGAGAUGAACGGCGUGGCGGUGAAAAACCUCCAAACUGUCGAUCUGGAGACAAAUGGAGAAGGAAAUUCGACGCCUCCGACACCUCCUGAAAAGAUCGAGGAAGACGAAGUGGUGUUCAUGUCCCCUAAAAAGUUUGGAAUGAAAGGGAAAACAGAGAAGAACAAAGGAAAUGAAGAAGAGGAGGAGCAGGGGGGAGUGAGGGAGGAGGAAAGAGUGGGAGGGAUGGAUGAGGAGGAGAAGGUUGAGUCGUGUCCCCCGGAAACACCAGCACAAAAGGACAAGGUUUACGACUCCCCCAACAAGCACCACCACCACCAUCACCAAGUGGCCGACCCUGGAGACGAGCCAACGUCAUGUGGGGUGGAAGAAGGUGUGUUGGGGCAGAAGAGUGGGUCCCCCUCCCCUCUGGUUGGUGGCACCUUGGGCAGGACUUCCGGCAGGGAUUCGGUCGCCUCUUCCCACGCCUCGUCCACCGACACCUCCUGCCUUACCCACCCUGACGAGGAGAUAGAGAGACUUCUUCAGUUUAAUGAGAAGAAAAUCACCUCCCUCACCCCUCUUGGCCCGACGUACACCAAGGAUCCCGGGCCUAAAGCAACUCUCCCUCCCAACCCACCUUGACCCCGCACCCUCUUGAGUGC